GGGGCGUGGCCAAGCCCUCACACACAUCUGCAGAGAGAGUGGUGCAGUGCCAGCGCAGCAGGGGGUCGGACUGCGAAAUCGAUCAGCAAAAACACACACACACAAAAUACACUAACACACACACACUCAUUGACAGACGUAGGGACGUGACGAACUGCGGUGUCGUGUGGCUAUAGCCUCCUAUGUGGAGCUCCGCAGCGGUACCGCGGCGACGCAGGCCGACAUGGAAGAGUAUCUGCGGAGGGUCGACUGCAGGCGACGGGCCCUGGUGUCCGAUAAGUGCCUCCAUGCCGUGUUAGGCGGACCAGACGCAGAUGUUGACACUGUGGCCGCCACGCUGUGCUUGGCCCUGCACCUCAGCCAGAGGGAGCCCUCAGGUGGGGUGUGUGUGCCGCUGCUGUGCGGCCGGCGUGGCGACGCCGCGUUGCCCGGGGAGACGACGAGCUAUCUGCGGAGGGUCAACGUGUGCGAGAGCCUCUUACUGUGGCGGGAUGACGUGGACCUGCUCAGGAUUCAUCAGGCUGGAAAACUCUCGCUCACGCUCCUGAGGGACGGACUGCUGGACAGCGCCGAGCUCCGCAUUUUGGAGUCCAGCGUCCUUCGAGUGGUCCUUCCUGACGGCGGGGAUGACGCGGCGGCGGCGUCGGCGGUGAUGACGGUCGCCAGAGAGCUUCUUCAAGAAGCACCGGAGCACGUCGGAGCGGCGCUCAGGGAGAGCCUCGGAGAAGCGUUGCGUCUCCAAAGUGAAGCGUUCCGGCUCAAACAUGGCCGCCAGUCCACACAACUGGAGGAGCUGAUGGGACGUUUUCAACAGUGGAGCGAUGUCCCUCCCAGUCAGAGCGUGACGGCGGCGCCACCAGACCUGGAGCAUUUGCUGUCCAAGGAGCUCAGAGAGUUUUCAGACGGGGAGAUGACCAUAGCGCUCACCUCGGUCGCUGUCGACGAGGAGCAUCCCACGUUCGGGGGCGGCCAGUCGGAGGAGGCAAGAGAGUCCGCAGCUGCCUCUUUGACAGGCGCACGAGGAACAACGCACGCUCCGCUCAUGUCUACGCGGUGGUGUAAUUAUGAAGAGACGUUGAGGUCGUUCUGUAAUCGACACGGCUACGACGGAAUGCUGUUUCUCUUGUCUGUCAACGACUCGCUUCGUCCUCCUCGCCAACAGGUGGCAGUCUACUCUAGCAACACAGGCCUCUUCAACCAGAUCUGCUGCGAGUUGGAGACGACGUCUAGCUGGUGUCUCUCAGGUGAAUUAGAGGCCAGGGGGUGUUACCAGGUCUAUCACACCGCCCUAAACACCUCUACUUCGAGUACCUCUCUGCUGGUAGAGGAGGUGCGCUGUGUGCUCAAGGAGCUGGUGGAUCGGCGGAUCUCUGUGCUGGCCUGUCACCCGAGCAGCAGGACGUCCUCCACUGAGGGUGUGGCCGGCAGCGUGGAAUUCUCCCAAGGAUCAUCAGGCAUCAAUGACAUGGACGGCUCUGACACGGAGAGAGGUGAAGGAGGUAGUGGAGCUGUGGUAGCAAUAGAGAGCAGGGGGGUGGCACAGGGUGAGGAGGACUCGGGAGGAGUCGGCGCAAGUGGGGAGCUUCUGAGCCCUGACAGUGGUAUGAACACCAUCCGCAGCAGCCGUUCCUCCAAGGAGAGUUCGGUGUUCCUCAGUGAUGACAGCCCGGUUGGCGAAAUUCUUGGCGCAGGUCCAGGGGGUCUCUUGCUGAGGAACCCCUCUCCUUUGGGCUUAUGCUCUCUCUCCCCUCCUGUCCCUCCUGAGAGAAGGAGGCGGCGCUCCAGCAAAAAGAGGAGUGACCAUUUGGACCAGUUUAGUUUUGAUCCACUUCAUCCACAUCCCAUCCUUCCAAAUACUGGGGGAAAGUUAGACGAUGACAGGCAAACCGUAGGAAGCUCAAGCCUGUCCGAAUACGAAGAACUAAACAUGCUGGAUUUCUCUGCGCACAGUUCUUUGGGCGGUUUUGAAAGUAGGCAGCCUUCAACUGAUCCUGAAGGUCAAAUCCAUGAGAUCGAGGUGAUUGACACCCUUGUUCCUCCGACCCCGGUCAACAGUCUGGUAGGGAGUCACCCAUCCAGCAGUUGCGGUCUCAGGUUUUUCCCCGAGGAUGUGGUGGAGAGGAUCAGUGGCUUGCAGCACAAAGACAGUGUCUCUUCGUCCUUGUCUGAAACCUGGGAGGAACUUGGCUUUGACCCAUCUUCCAAUGACACCUGGAAUAGAACCAGAGAGAGCCCACUGACCCUGGAGGAUCUAAGGUGCAAAGAUUCAGAAAGGGGCAUGACAGGAAGGCCAAGUAGGGAAGAGAAGUCCCGGAGGGACUUAAGCCUUGAGCCGCAACUUAGUCUGAUCACUGAGCAAACAGACUCAAGAGACAACUGGAACCCAGGUGCUGUACUGAGAGAUCAGUGGAACGCAGUAACUGUGGCUGAUCUGCAGCUGACCCCACCAGAGGAGGAAGUACUUAGACAAGACAAAGCAGGUAUCUUUGGAGUAAAGAAAAUUACUUCACAGAAGAAGAAAACCAUCCUAAACACGUUAACACCUGACACCUCCAAGGAGGACGAUGAAGAGGCCCAGGGGAAAAUAGGCAGCAGAUCUACACUGGACUUCUGGACCUACUCAGCAGAGAAGGGCUUUCUGAAAUCUGACAGCGGAACCACAACAUCUUAUCCUGAAUCACUAGAUAUGUGGAAUAUGACCAUUCGGGAUGACAGUUUCUCGCCCCUCACCACCCCUGACAAUUUGUCUGCAGACUCUGGGUCUUUUUGCGGGGCAAAUACUAACGUGGGUGCUGGUGCUUCUGUACAAAGUCCACAGGGAUUAUCUUAUGGUAGCAUGGCAAUGUGGAACACUACCAUACAGGAGGACAGCUCUUCAUCAGCAAGCCCAGAAGGACCCGGAAAUGACCAUAGCAGUCACACUGGUUUAUUGGAUGGAUGUGAUAAUCCUAAAUCAUGGGGAGGAGGAGCGGCAGGAAAGGAUAUUAAGUGGAACGGUCAAAACCAGAAUGUCCAAAUAGUCAUAGAGGGGGAAGAAGAUAGAAUAUCACAUAGUUGUGACCCUGUCUCAGUUCCACACAUGGUAAUCUCCACCUCAGAGUAUGAUAAUGUGAGAUCGUUGUCCUCCAUUGAAGUCUACACUAGUCAUGCUGUGGAUAUGAUCCACCUUGGAGAGCAGUCCAGCCCGUUUGUUGCUGUGACCAAACCUACUGAUGACAAAACAAGACAGACCGAAUCUGAUCUGGGUGUUUCCGAUAAAGUAUUUAUUUUUGAAGGACAUAGUGAGUUGAGUAACGUAACCACGAGCUGCAGUAAUUCAGAGAAAGAUGACUCCAUAGACCAACCAUGUCUUAGUUCUCCAUUUAUUGUAGUUGACAACUCUCUGGCUGAUGAUUCUCUAGACCUAAGCCCAGGUAGUUUAUGUCUUGGACUGGCACCCCAAUCAAACUGUCAACCAGGAAGUGUUCCCGACGUCAACAACCAAAUUCAAGAAGGUUCAGUGGAGGGUCCCACAAGAGCUACCGUGUUACGGAGCCCUGGUGGGGAGAGAGAGACCACCAAGUCAAGCCCAGACAGCCUUCACCCAGGCAGUCAAGACGAACUCCGCUCCAAUUCCGAUGGGGAUUCUUCAUCUGGUCUGGAAAUGGAAUACAUUAUUCUUCCUGGCACUGUAAAGGAGGCAGAGAGGGAAAGUGAACACAGACCUAGAGGACCAAGGAAGCCCAUGGAGACAUUCGGCAUGCUGUCUUAUGCUGUUUCAGUGCUAAAUGCUCAAACCACAGAGAAAACCAGGCAACUCCAAGUAGCUCAACACAACACUGAGUCAUCGUUAUCUUCUGAGACGUUCAAGAAAAGCACUCCUAUUCAAGAUAAAACUGAAGCUUCUUGCCAGUACGAAUCAAGGCAAGAAGUUCAAGAAGGGAACUUGGAGGACAAACAGAGUAGCGUGGUCAGAAGCAUGUCGCCCUCAAUGAGACAUCCAUCCGAUCACUUCCUAAAAACAAGAGAGGAGGUUUACGUCCAUUCCCAAAUCUCCAUGGAAGACUCGGAUUCAGACAGUGGGCGGUCACCGGCCACCACUACUCCACCACCCCCUCCCAUGUCGUCAGGCAAUUUCCAGGGCUGGGGGGCACCUUCACCCAGGCAUGACAGCCCUCGGUCAUCAUGUGACUCCCCGUCACUUGGUAACAGCUCCGCAUCCCGCCCCAGUUCUUCGGUUACCACUCCUGUGAGCGAGUCGGGAGGCCCAGGUACCAAAACUCUUGGAUUACCUUUCUCUGGAGAUUUAAUGGAGGAAGAGAACGAUGAGGAAGAAGCGGUUAAAGAGCAGCCGAAGUCGAGGCUAAGCUCCCAUGAUCUGUUGAGUUUCACAGAGGAAAUUGUUGAAGGUUGUCAACUCCAGCCAACCAGCGGAAUGUUUCAAGAGGACAUAUUUGAUUAUUAUGGACAUACUGGUAGGACUGAUGGUAGUAGCUCACUUGGACAUCACAUCGGAGCUCACCGAAACUAUUCUCCACAUUUAGGGACUGAACAGGAGGAAGGUGGUGACCUCAGACGUAGUGCCUCCGACGUUUACGCAGAGUUUACAACGGACGCCCCUACGCCGACAGAGCGUCCCGAGAGCUUAUCUGGACCUCAUCAGGGCGAAUACAAGCACCCUGGAUGCCAGGACCACGAUCAGUUUGUGCCUGAGGGAUACGCUCACUUCCUGAUGUCACGUUCCCAUCACGAAGACGGAGCGGCGGCGAUGAUGACGAUGUGUCGGACCUCCAGUGAGGAAGUGGAGGACAGUGAGAACAAGGAAGACCCUCCAUCCUCUGCAGAUGUGUCGGGUGGCUCCAACCACAGGAGGAAGCUGGCUGCUCCGCCAAUGAACGUGUCGCUGGAGCACAGCGAUGGCUCUCUGCUCUCGGAAGACGCCUUGGACACGGAAGAAGAGGACGACGCUCUGGACACGGGCGACGACCUGGAUGUCAACAUAGAGGAGUUGGACACGUCCGAUGAGGAAAUAAAUUCACACGCAGGGCACUGUGAGAGGUCGGACGCGGCAGCAGGAGCAGCGUGCGGAGAGGAGGACGAUGGUCGACUAUGGAGGAGCGUCGUUAUUGGCGAGCAGGAGCAUCGCAUUGACAUGAAGUGCAUUGAGGCCUACAAGAGAGUCAUUUCUCACGGAGGUUAUUACGCCGACCAGAACGCCAUCAUCGUGUUUGCCGCCUGCUUCCUACCAGACAGUGACUGUGACAACUACCACUACGUCAUGGAGAACUUGUUUUUGUAUGUAAUAAGCACUUUGGAGCUCAUGGUAGCAGAAGACUACAUGAUCGUCUACCUGAACGGUGCCACGCCUCGCAGGAGGAUGCCCGGCUUCACCUGGAUGAAGAAGUGCUACCAAAUGAUUGACCGCAGACUGAAGAAGAACUUGAAGAUGUUCAUCAUUGUUCAUCCUUCCUGGUUCAUAAGAACAUUGCUGGGCAUCACCAGGCCCUUCAUCAGCUCAAAAUUCAGCAGUAAGAUCAAGUAUGUGAGUAGUCUGCAGGAACUGGGCGACAUUAUCCCCAUGGAGUACGUGCACAUUCCACCCAGCAUCAUCAAAUUUAAAGGACACGGCAGGAAAGUCCGACCGGAAGAGAAGUCUGGCCAUUUGACGAACGGACCAAUGGCUGCUCGCCGUCUUGUCUUGCCUCCUUGCCGUGACGUCGCUUUCCCGGACACAGAACACGAGCGUGCCUCUUCGCAUGAACGGACUAGCAGCAGUAAAAAAAAAACUAUAAUGAAAAAAAAUUGGUCCCACAUACACACGCACAGUGUCAAAAGGGAAAGGUGCUCAUUGGAAUCCAUUUAUUAAUAUUUACCAAGCGGCUUUGUUAUUGAUUAACGCUGAUGAUCAUCAACCUCACGUGCACUAUUAACAUUUUUGGACACACAUACAGUAAAGGACUGUACUGUACAAACAUGUAACAGAUACUGCUGCUGCCAAUCAACACUCUAUCUUUCGAUUACUGUGAGGUCAUUAAGUUAGCAACAUGGCAUGUUUGAAUGUCUCUGCAGUGACUUGUGCAUGCUUUGUGUGUGUGUGUGUGUGUGUGUGUGUGUGUGUGUGUGUGUGUGUGUGUGUGUGUGUGUGUGUGUGUGCGUGUGUGUGUGUGUGUGUGUGAGAGAGAGAGAGAGAGAAAUAUUGGAGGAAAGUAUGAACUUUUGUUAUUCCAUUCUUUUCUGGGAA